GUUUUGUUAUGGCGGUAUGUUUCGAAACUUGUCCGAAGUUGAAACGUCAACUGAAAACUUUAAAUACCCAACUCACCAACGCAACCCAAGGUAGCUAGCUAGCUAGCUAGCUAACGAACGACACUACGGUUUGUCUACAAGUCGUUGUUGCUAGGGAAAAUGUCCUCUCCAUCUGGGAUACAGUCUCACAUCCUCUCUCGGUGGAUACCAAGUAGUUCCCGGGCCGGAGUCAUCCUAAGCGGCUCCCCGGGGGGAGCCGGGUCUGGCAGAAGCAGCUGCGGUGCGUCGUUGGAGGACUCUUUCUGCUCCCAGUUCGUCCCGCUGCCAGGGUCCCGCAGUAGCAGCGGCGUUGCGUCGUUGGAGGACUCUUUCUCCUCCCAGUUCGUCCCGCUGCCAGGGUCCCGUAGUAGUAGCAGCUGCACUGGCGUACACUCGGUGGUGCUAAAGGAAACCUCGACAGACGCAGAGACGGAACCUUCGCACCUUGAAAUGGACAGUGUUCGUAAUAUUUUGGGAAACGCACAAGAGCUUCCGCUGAUCACCAAACUCGAGCAGCUGAAGCAGUUGCAGCAGCACAUGCAAGCACAGCUAAAAGCACAUCAGCUGGAGCAGCUACACAAACUCCAGAAUGAACAGCAGACACUAAUGGGAAUGGUUCAGUCUGCCACAGUUUCAGCACCUCCAUGCUCAGCAGAUCACAGUUGUGGAAAUCGGCAAAGUCCCGUGCUGUCGCAGCCACUCCAAAAAACACCUCUGCUGCCCCUUGACAAAUUGGAGAGGACUCUUGAGUCAAGGGUGUGGAAUCAUGAACAAGGUGUCGCAGAGAAGAAUUGUAGACGAGACUGUGAUGUUGACUGCGAUCCUGAUGAAGACUCAUUGCAGUCUAUUAGUGAGAACCAGAGUUUGCACAGAAAAGGAUCAGAGCCACAGGACAGGCCCAUCAAAUCAGGUGACUGUGGGAAGACGUUUGAAGAGAUUCUGGAAGAGCAGCUCCAGCUGGAGAACGAUAGGUUAAGCAAGAGUGCUCCUGGUGAGGCAGUGAAGGUGAAGAGGCCAUAUCUGAGGAGAGGGGAAGGGUUGUCCAGAUUUAUGAGGGGCAAAGCCCCUGCACCUUCCAGAGAGAGAACUCAUUCAAGCACCAAACCCACUCCGUGCCAUGACCCUCCAGCCCCUCCGGGCGGUGCCCACCAGAGCUCUGAGCCAAAACGGCCUUCACCCAAAUCCUCAAACUCAAUUAAUGUUGUGAUCCAGCGCAAGACUGCUGUAAUAAACAAAGAUAACUUUCCUCAGAACAAGACUUCAGUAACGGCAACCAAACGUCUUGCUAAAGCUCGUGUUCUUGGAGCCAACCAGGGGCAUAUGAGCUCUGGGCUGUUCCAACACCACAGCAAGAGUGAUGGAAAGUGUGACCCUCAGCAGAAGAUCAUCUGCGACUCCAUGGUUGACGUCACCAAUGGGAAGCCAUCGGUAAAAAUUCAGGACACACGCACUCCAAGCAUGUGUGCGGCGGAGAACUCAUUCGAGGUUUGGCUCACGGAGCGUGGUGAGCACUGGGAAAGAGAUCAUCAACUCGAGCGUGUGGAGCUUGGUGAGUUCGAGCUGCUGGAGAGAGCGGCAGAUGAGUUCUCCUUCUCCAGUAACUCCUCCUUCAUCAACAAUCUCCUGUGCAGAGAUCAAAGACGCCUCUCCUCCACACCAGUCAAGCCACCACAGCGGCCUGUGUUACUGGGCCACCAUCACGAUGUCACAGCUAGCCCAAUGCAGCCAAGGGAUGAGAAGGCUCACAGUCCAGCAGUCCCUCCUGGAGGCACAGUGGCAGAGAUCACAAAGUCUGCUGGAGUGACAAGCGAGUGCUCUGAAGAUGAGGAGGAUAAGAGGAGGGAGGAGUCUAAUGCUUCAUUUUGUAGCAGCGCAGAAAUCCAGUGUCCUGUUGCCAGACCAAAUCAACCCUUCAGACACUGCUUCCAAGUGCCUGCACCCCCCUAUGAUAAACACUCUUACCAGGACAGAGAGAGAGCUGGCAGUUCAGAGGGAGAAGAGGAAAACGAUGAAUCUCAUACACUAGUGGGUAUCAGAGGUCAGGUGGAGUUUGAUGAUGACGACACAUGGAAUGAGCCCGAGGAUUUGACCUGCAGUUCGUCCAAGAUGGACAGUCAGCCAGACAGGGCCCUGAACAGGAAAGUUGCAGGAUCAAAGGGGACAGAUUCUGACAGUUCCUCAGCCAGCCCAACAGCCCAUGUGCCAGAAGCUCCACCCACAUGCCAGUUGGUAGCCAAGCUGUUUCCAGCUCUGAAGCCUAAACCCUGCCCUCGUCCCCCUGUAGUGCAAGAAGCAGAGGACAUGCACAGUGAAGAAGGAGCAGUCCGGUCAAGGUUACUCCGUGAGCGGUUGGUGGAGCUGGAGACUGAGAUUGAACGGUUCCGGAGAGAAAAUGCAGCCUUGAUCCGCCUCAGACAGGAAAACCAGGAUGUCAGAGAAACCUUACAAAAGGAAAGGGCCGAGUUCCAGCAGAAAAUGGCGGAUGAGACUGCGGAGUGGGAGGAGCUUAAGCGCGAGGAAGGGCGGAAGCUGCAGCGCGACAAAAAGCUGUUUGAGAAACAUGCUGCAGCUGUCAGGGCCAGGCCUGAUAAACAUGAGCGAGAUGAGAUACAGUCUCUAAAGCAGCAGCUGAAUGCUGUGCGUGAGGAUUUAAGAAAACGGGAGGCUCGGUGGUCCAGCACCCACAGCCGCCUUAGGCAGCAGUUAGACGCCCUCAGCGCAGAGAAUGCUACUCUCCGAGACCAGGUGCGCAUGCUUGAGAAACUUCGCCUGAGCGCUUGGAAAACUGCAGAGAAGGAGAGGGGAUGCUCCAACUCAGCUCCUAGGACAAAAUCGAAGAGUCCUCUUUUCAGUAAUCAGAACAGUGUACCUCAGAGCGACAGCAGCAGGAGAGAAAAUCCAGAAGUUCAAACUUCCGUCUUGAAGAACGACUGCCCAAAGGAGCUAUGCCCAGUGGCCACUCCAUACCAUGUGACCGAUAAACUGACUCGUCCUGAGGCGAGCACCCAUGAUUCUCAGCUAAUCAAAAGCUCUACCCACUUCUCAGAAUUGCACAGUGCAGGGGUUGUUACAGAGCAGGCAGAGAUGGAGCAGGAAGAGGUCACACACACAGAUGGCAAGAUUGAGAAGGUGCUUCCAGAUGGAGGUCGACUCAUUGUUUUCCCAAACGGCACGCGCAAAGAGCUGUCUGCUGACGGACUCUCAGUCAGUGUCACUUUUUUCAACGGAGAUAUCAAACACAUCAUGCCGGAUCAAAGAGUGAUUUAUUACCAUGCAAGUGCUCAGACCACACACACCACAUACCCUGAUGGUAUGGAAGUGCUGCAGUUCCCAAACAACCAAAUAGAAAAACACUUCCCUGACGGACAUAAGGAAAUCACGUUCCCUGAUCAGACGGUUAAGAAUCUCUACCCUGACGGGAGAGAGGAGAGUGUCCUAACAGAUGGCACAAUAAUACAGCAAAACCCAGAUGGCAGCAAGCAGAUCCAGUUCAACACAGGCCAGCGGGAGCUGCACACCGCAGACUUUAAAAGACGUCACUAUCCAGAUGGUACUGUUAAAACGGUUUACUCAGACGGACGACAGGAGACGCGCUACCCCACUGGCCGUGUGCGACUCAAAGAUCCACAAGGACAUGUCGUUAUGGACACCAAGGCCUGAGCAAUCAUGGACCUUUUUGGGCAAACGGUGUAGUGGCUGCGUCUUGUAUGUUUAGCUGUGAGCAUGUCCAUGUGUAUAUUAUUUACAUGUGAAUGUCAAGUAUUUAUUUUUGAAUGUACAUUUUUGUAAAAUAAAUAUUUUUGAGACUUA